AUGAUUGGUAUGUGCGCUAAAUGGUUGACUCAGGCACCGCUCCAUAUUAAAACAGUCGAGCUAGUUUUCCCCGUUCCCGGUCAUUCAUUAAUUCCACCAGAUCGAGUUUUCGGUCUUGUUGAAAAAGAAAUUAAACGUAUGGAGACUAUUUUAAAACCUGUGGAAUAUGUAGAAGUAUUUGAAAAAUAUGGAACUGUUAUGUUAUUAAACAAUGUAAAAGAUUGGAAAACAGCUCUCGGAAAUGUAAUUCGUCCACCAGGAAACUGGCAUUUCCAAUUCAAUCAAUGUAAAAGAUUUUUCUUAAAACGAAACAGAAGCAAUGAUGUUUAUGUAAAAGGUGAGCCUAACUACUGCGCUGAUAUUGUAAGUUAUAAGUCAGUUCUGAAGAGAGGAAAACCAUUUAUUGAUUUAAACCCGGAUUCCAUAGAAAAAAACAAAGUUGUAGUAAAGAAAGAUAAAAUCAAAGAUGUUGACGCUCUACUAAAAAAACAUUGUGGCGAGAAUUGGAAGUCUAGGGAUGAUUUAGAUUUUUACAAACAGAUGAUCUUACGAGCAGAAAAUAAGAGCAAUGAAACUGAAGAGGAUGAAGAAGUCUGUGAAGUUGCAGUGCCCGAAUCUGACUUACGAAUUUAA